GUAGGAGGACUCAUUUUCCUAUCAAGAACCAAAGAAGUCCAGCACACAUACUGACUUCAUCUUGAUUUCUUUAACAACGCUCCUUGCCCGGAUGUACUGCAGAGCAACAGAUCUUUUAAGGGACCAUCUGAAAAACAGUCACUUAAAAAUAUAUUCAGCACCCUUAAACCUGACUUGAAUCAUUCCCCAUUUAACUAUGUUAGGGAGGAGAUGUUUCACAGGGAGGCUGAAGGGAAAACCCGUAAGAUACAACUCAGAAACUGGCUUUCCCUUCACAGGAACAGAAUGCAUGUGGCCUGUUGGACCAGAUGGCAACAGCACUUCUUACUGAGGGCUUUCCUAACCUCUUGGAAACUGCCCUCUUUGAGGACAGUCUUGCUGCUUGUCUUCCAAGAGAAGACGUUUAGGCUCUCUGGGAUGAGUUUUAUAAAGCAAAUAACGGCAGCUCUUUCCUCCCCCAUAGUGAGUUAGGAAAACUCACAAAUAGCAAGACCUUUGGUUCCUUGCUGGUGUUCCUGGCGUUUCAGUUACUCUGAUUUUGAUUGUAAGAUUUUUGUCUGCAUACUGUAAUUUUGUUUGUGGUUCCAAGUAGCUUGUUUGGGGAGUUUAUUAUUUCAGCAAAACAAGCCUAUAUACCAGUAGUGUUUGGAUUGGCACAAUGCUUCGCUCCCAUCAUUCACCAUCCUAGAGAAGUGUUUGUGGAUGAGCCCUGAGCAAUUUGGAGUUAAUCUUCCUUGGGUCUGUGUGCUUCCUGUGUGGAAGUGCAGCCUGGAUGGAAUAUAAGGAGGUGAUAACUUUGGAGUUGCUUUGAAGAUUUUUUGAAAAAGACUCAGUACUGACUGCAGAACAGCUGAAAGAGAAGCUGUAGUUCCCAAGCUAAACUUGUAGCCAGAAUACAUACCUGGCAUAUGGGCGUGGGGUUGUAAAUACAAACACUGUUGAUAGAUUUCUUGACAAAAUAAAAGUUCAGACACUUCUAUGGCACUGUUGGCACAAGAAUGAGGGAAUGUGAUCUAGUUGUGCAAACACUUAGGCAGGAAAUUGGGCACCUCCCAGUGUGUCAGAGGAAUAAUUCAGGAAUAACCUGUCUGCAUGAGUGAAAAAGGGUAGGUGGUGUGAAAAAACAAGCCUUGACCAAAUAACAGAAACAACUACACUGUUUACCAGGAAGACAGUGUCAGUCUGUUUUGUUCCUCAGACUGUUUCACUUCUUGUUUAAUGUUAGCCUUGAAUUGGCAGUAAAGAUAAGAGCCUGUUGUAGGGUGUAUUGGGAGUGCCUGUGCUGUAAGACCUCUUAAAUUUGUUACCUCUGCAUCUGCCACUGCCUUAGAGGAGCACUGAAGCUGAAAACUAUACCUUCUGCAUGUGCUUUCCACUGAAGUUAUAUCCACAAGAAUACUGGUUCUUUCUGUCUGCCAUUAAAAAUAAAUCUAUCAAAUUGUAAGCUGCCCCAUGGGACAGGCAAUGAGAAAUAUACCUAAAAAUGCCUUUUCUGACAUGUUCUAGAAAACAGUUUGUCUAGUAUAAUGUGUAUGCUACUUCCUGGCCCUCUUGGAUCAGAUGCUGCCACCUGUUUAAGGGAAGAAAUCUUACUGAACACAUGCAGUAAUUUGGUAACAGGAUAACUUCUUGUUUAGUGUCCCUUCGCUCCUCUGCAACAGGGGUAAUGCCAAAAGUUCCUUAAGCAAAGGCAGGGAGGGAUGCUGCACUAGGAAUUUGACUCGGGAGCUGCUCUGCCACCGUGUUUGUCUUACAGGAGGCCUCCAGAACUGCUUUUGGGACACAGCCCUGGCCCUGCCAUCUGGCCAGAGUGUUCAGGUUGUUGAGAGCUGCUCUGAGGUUGGAUGGAGAAAGGGAGGGUGGGUUCCCAGACAGAGCCUGGGGAGGCGGGGAGUGAAACAAGGGGAGGAAACGAAAGGGGGAACGCCCUGGAGGAUCCAGCUGGUGCUGCUGCCGGGCCAUGGCCCAGCCCGGAGCCUGUGAGUAGCUGCUUCGGCUCUUCACUGCUCUGGUUCAGAGUGGGGGGAGAGUCCUUUGGCUUGUCCCUGAUGGAGAGACCGGGUGUUUGGGAGAGGGUGAAAGCUUGCCUUCUUGCUGGGCUUGUAGCAGGUUGUGUGUUCAAGUGGAUGCUGAGAAAUGAUGAUGAGUCAGUCCUGAGCAGGGUGCGUUGCACAAGGGGGUGCCAUGUUUGGUGUCACGUGGUGAGGAAGUGAAACAAGGGAGAGGAAAGCAAAUAUAGCCAUGCUUUGUUCUGGUAUCGCGUGAUCCCCAUCCUGCAUCCUGCUGGCGUUCUCCUUGCCUGCAAAUCUCUCCACUCUAAACAUGCUCUGUUUGGGGAUGUUCUCAGCCAUCACUGAGUCCCUGCCUGUGUGCCUUGUCCUUUGGGGAAUCCUAUUGUCACCUGCAUUAUUCCCCCAGUCUCCUGGGGCUGGAAGCACCUCUGCAGGGAAUCACAGCAUCAUCUGCAUCUGGAGUGGGGCAAGGGGAGAGGAUGAGAUAGAGGAAGUGCCUGAACUCACUAGCCCUGGCUUCAACACUUCUCCCUAGCUGUGGUCAAGAGCUGAGGGUAGGCUGGGUGAGUUACUUGGAGAGCAGCUGUCCUCCUGACGUCAGCUCUGCCCUGCCAACCUGCUGCUGGGAUAAGCAAACUGCCAGUUUUGGGGUAGAUGCAUCUGUGGCUGGAGCUCUUGCAGUGCUCAAAGCAUGAGAGCAGAUCUGUUAAGGUGAUGCUUGGUGUACAGGUCAACAUCUGAUGGGAACUUUCUUGUUGUGACUUAGCCCCAGUGGGAACUUUCUUGUUGUGUCUUAGCCCCAGCCAAGAUCCUUGUACCUCUGCUGCAGUUCUCUCUUCAGGAGCUGUUCAUGCAGCAACUGUGGUUGCACUGUUCAACCAGCUGCGCUGCUUUUCCUUGCUGGCUAAAAUGAUCCCAAAGUUGUGCAGAGCUCAAGGGAAAAAGUGGUCUGCAAUCCAAAGGGUCAAAGUGUCUCUUAACCACCUUCCCUGUCCCCUGUGUCCAGGUCAGGAGCAGGAGGAUGGAUUGCGUGAAGUGUCUCUCUCCACCCAGAGGCUGCGUGUGCUGCCUCCAGCAGUCCUGAGCAACCCCAUGCUGGAGAGCCUUGACGUCGACAGGAACAAGCUCAGGACAGUCACUGGCAUUUCUAAGCUUUGCAAUCUAAAGAAGCUGAUACUGUCCAAAAAUGAGAUUGUGGACUUUCCCAAUGAAAUCCAGAGCCUCGUCUGUUUAGAGAGGCUUGAGCUGAAUCAGAACCAAAUCAGGGUCAUCCCAGAGGGGAUUUUCUCCCAUCUCCCCAGGCUUAAACACUUGCGGCUGAACAACAACCGUCUCUGUGCCCUCCCCAGGGACCUGGCAGCUUGUCAAGGCAGCCUCCAAUACCUCAACAUCUCCAACAACCUUUUCCGGACCUUCCCACUGCCUGUCCUGCAGUUGGCACAUUUACAGGAGCUCCAUGUGCAGAAUAAUGCCCUUCGCCAGCUCCCCAAGGAGCUCUUUCAGAGGCAAUCCCUGAAAAUGUUUAAGGCCAAAGGGAACCCCCUCCGGGAGCCACCCAGUGAAGUGUGCGCUGGUGGCAUUCAGCAGAUACGGAAUUACUUCAUCCAGCUUCAACACAGUUUGGGACAGGAGGACAAAAGGGUCAAGACCAUGUUCCUGGGGGCUUCACUGGCAGGGAAGUCCACCAUCUGCAAAAGCCUGAAGCAAGGGCAAUCCAAACUGGUGCCCAAGGAAGAGCGAACAGUUGGGAUAGAGAUCAGUGAGUUCCAGAUCGAGGACUUCACAUUUCUCUUCUGGGACUUUGCCGGCCAGCUGGAGUACUACAUGACUCACCACGUGUUCAUCACCCCACAGGCGCUCGUCAUCCUCGUCAUUAAUCUUCACAUGUACCAAACUAAUGACGACACUUUCAAGGAGCUCGUUGGUUUCUGGAUCAACAACCUGUCCAUGCGAGUCCCAAACUCAGUGGUGCUUCCUGUGGGAACCCAUGUGGACUGCUGCCAGGAGGAGGAGAUUGAAGAGAAGAGGCAGGACAUCAUGGCCAAGAUCACAGCCAUGCUGGCAGAGAGAAAAAGCAACCUCACUCACUGCAUCAACAACCUGGAGGGCAGCGAGGAGCCCAAGCUUUACAUAGACCAGUGGGAGAGGCUGAAAGAGAUGGAGAGCUGCACAUUAACCAUCUUAAGCUUAGUUGCUGUCAACUGCACGGAUCACUGUGAUAUCAAAAAGCUCGAGGCCACUAUUUUGGAGCACGUGAAGAACGAGGAGCUCUUCCCCGAGGUGGUCCGAGUGCUGCCACCUGUUUACAGGCAGGUGGAAGCUGCCAUUGUGGAUAUCGCACAGAGCGAGGAGACGGCAGAUCAUGGCAUGAUGGACCUCCAGUACCUGCUCAGCAAACUCUCCCAGCACAAGCACCUGGCCAACCUGGGCAGAGAGCUUCUCCAGGACAUAUUGCGGUACCUCCACCGCAUCGGGCUUGUCGUGUGGUAUGAGGAAAUCAAGCAACUGGAAAGCACUGUUUUUCUCCAGCCUACCUUCCUAAUAACUAUGUUCAAGCUCCUUGUGAGGUAUCGCCUAGUCCAGCAGCUCGAGAGCAUCUCUGUGGAGACACUGAUCGGGGAACACGCCACCAUCAGAGACAGGGCCAACUGGGUGUGGACCUUCAAGUCGAAGGCAAUGCUGUGCCACCAGGCUGUGCGUGCUUUGGUGAAGCACCAGCUCCGUUCGGAAGGGAUGUGGGAUGUCUUUGAGGAAAUCAUGGGAAACGGGCCUCAGAGAGGGAGAGGGAAGCUCUUCAGCCUUCUGGAGCACUUUGAGCUCUGCCUGGAGGUGAGGCAUAUGGAAGCACUCAACCCACAGGCCAGUGAGUUUGUGCCUGGGAAGCCAUGGGAGACAACACGGAGCCAAGGCGAGUCCUGGUACUUGUUCCCAACCUAUCUGAACCAAACAGAAGAAGUCUCUGAGGUGUGGGGAGGAGAUCACCCCGAGGACCUCCACAUCCGUGCCUACUUCUCACCUGAAAUACCUGAGAGCUUCUUCCAGAGGUUCCUGGUGAAAGCUUGCUCCUUCUACUCCACACACUGGGUGGCCAAGGUGACCUGCCUGCUUGUAUGCAAUGGCAAACCUCUGCUGAUCAAAGAGAAUAACCAGAGGGCCUACAGCUACCUGGAGCUCCGGUGCAGAAAGCCAGCAGGAAGGACAGGUUUUCAGUUUGCCUGGGACUUCCUCGUGGCACUUGUGCUCAUCAUCCAGAAGCUUGCUGAGGAGUGGCCGGGGCUGCACGUGUGUGUGAAGACUCCCUGCCGAACAGCGGGCUGUCCCGCGGAGUUCAUCUGGCCAGACAUGGAUGGCACAAGUGCCAUGACAAGGGAAGAUGUUAAAACAUGUGGGACGUGUGGACACUGUUUUGGCACAGAGCUGCUUCUCCCCAAAGUGCCCAGUCAGCUGGAGAAGCCCCCAGCACAACCUCCUGCUCACUAUUACGUGACAAGCUAUGGGACCACCACCUUUGGGCCCAGCAGCAUCCAGGUCACUAGGCAGGUAAGGACACUGCCACCUCCCCUUGCCCAGGGACCAACGGUGAUAACCAGAUUGGUUCUCUCCCCUCGCUCCUGAAAUGAGGGGGGUGUGGUUCCUUGCGGCCUGGGGAGGGGACACCCCAUCUUCAGGCAGCGCUCUGGUUUCCACACUCCUCCCUGAGAUAGCACCACCUCUGUGCCUCAGAGCUCAGGUCCGAGUGCUUCAUAUUGCAGUUACUGCCUUAUUUUUCCAGAACAUCUGCAGUGAAUAAUUCUAGCCAGUGGGGAGGCACUUGCUGAAGAAUUACUUUUGUUUAGCCAAAGCCAAGCUGUCCUCAACACUCUCUGCUUGCAAGUCAAAGUCAUGUUUGCAGUCUUAACGCACGGAAAUAAAUGAAUCGAUAAAUGCA